CUCUUUUAUUCUCAAAUAUUUUUGUUUAAAUUUUGAUUAUCCUUAUCUCCACUGCCCAUUUUUCUGUUAUAAAAACAACGUUAAUUCCCUAAUUUUUAAUCACCACUUGAUCAAUUCACUUCUGUUCACCGUGCUUGCUGCUACUCCAUAUAAUGGCAAUCGGUAACGUACACUGGACGGAUAUUCCACAAUUCUUCGACAAUGAAGACGCCUACCAGAACGCUCUGAGGGAAAUGCGACCGUUUUGGCACAUCUCUGGUUGGACACCGCAAAGAAUUUGUAAAAAGCUCGUUGGACUCUCUCACGGGAUGGAAAUUGUUGAUCAUUUGACGAUAUAUCGUUGCUUCCACCGAUUGUGCCGCGCGGAAAGAAAGCUGAUGGUCCAAAGGAUGGAUGGGAAAUUCGUUACUGGCGAGAUGCUUGAAAGUGUUGAAGGACAUUCCCAACACGAGGAACGAGUUCUGUCUCCAAGUGAGCGCUUCCUGCUUGGAAUGGAACCGGAACCGAAUCCACAACGUAAUGCUUGA